CUAAGCCAAGGUCACUCUUUAAUACCGGGCAGUAGCCCUGAGCUAGGCGUCGCGCUGCCUGGUGACGGCGGUCGCGACAGCGAGAGGGGGCACGAGUGGCGCCCCGUGGCUGGCCGAACGCGUACCUGCCCGGCAGGCGCCUGCGGCCGGGCCCGGAGCGAGGCAGGGCGGCGUCCCCGGCGCCAAGGAGGGGCCGCACGGCGCGGGCGGGGGGAUUCGCGGUGGGCGCGGGCGCGGCGCGGCUGCAAAGGCUGGAGGCGCUGCGGCGCGAGUGCGUCACGCCGGCGGAGGGCACGGUGGGCUGCGGCCGACCCGCAACCAGGAACCCGGCGUCCAGGACGAGGGGGAGGCGGCCGCACGCGCCAGGCAGCCGCGAACGGCGCCGCCGGGGACAGGCCGGAGGUCGCCAGCCCGCAGCCGCCGGCUCCAUUCAUUCGCGCGGCUCCGCCUCCUUUCCCGAGCUUCGUCUGCUCACGGGGCGCGUCCGAGAGAAUGGCGUUCCCUGUGGAUAUGCUGGAUAAUUGCAGUCAUGAGGAACUGGAAACUGCUGCUGAAGAUUACAUGUCAGAUUUAAGGUGUGGGGAUCCUGAAAAUCCAGAGAGCUUUUCUCUUCUCAAUGUUACGAUUCCUAUUAGCCUGUCAAAUGUAGGCUUCGUGCCUCUUUAUGGUGGAGAUCAAACUCAGAAAAUUCUUGCUCUCUUUGCUCCUGAGGAGUUCACUCACAG